AUGGCCCGACCUGAACAACUCGCCGACUCGUCGAACGGACUUACCCUGUCAGAUGUUCCAGAGGCGGAUCUGGUUCCAGAGGAGGAUUCUCACCUCAUAGCAGACUUGUAUAGGCUGUCGAAGAAGAGUCCCAAGCUUGUCAGGUCUUCGGAGUACAAGGCGCCUGCCGACUCGAGCAUUGGUAUCCGGAGCUGGAAGAUGAACGAGUUCAAGUAUUAUGACGUGCCGUCGCCGUUUCCAACUCUUGCGAGAGGUGUCUUUACACAGGAGUUAAAGCACCCGUCAGGCGAUGUCAAAUACCGCAUCGUCGCGCGAGGGUACGACAAGUUUUUCAACAUCGGGGAAGUGCCUUGGACGACAUGGUCGUCUCUAGAGGCACAAACGACGGCUCCGUACGUCCUUACUCUCAAGUCAAACGGCUGCAUCAUAUUUAUCGCCGCGCUCACGCCCUCGAAACUGCUGGUGACGUCGAAACACUCGCUCGGUCCUUCGGCUUCUGCAUCAGGCGAGAGCCACGCGCAGGUAGGAGAGCGGUGGCUCCGCAAGCACCUCGCAGAAGCAGGCAAAACCGAGGAGCAGCUCGCGUCUACGCUCUGGGGAAAUAACUGGACCGCGGUGGCAGAGCUUUGCGACGACUCGUUCGAGGAGCAUGUGCUUCCGUACUCGAAGGACAAGACAGGUCUCCACCUGCACGGCCUAAACGAGUGCACAAAGCAAUUCAAAACGAUGCUGCAGGACACGGUAGACACGUUCGCGAAAGAGUGGGGUUUCAUCCAGACCCCGUCGACCGUGCUCAAGUCGAUACCCGAGGUGAAGGAGUUCACCGAGGCAGUUGGGAAGUCGGGAAGCUGGAGGGGCGAGGCGCUGGAGGGUUUUGUCGUGCGGACGCACGUAGUUGCACCAAAGGACAGAGCCUCUGCGAAGCCAUCGCCGUACGCCCCGGGCUCCUCGUUCUUUUUCAAGGUCAAGUUUGACGAGCCGUACAUGAUGUACCGUGAUUGGCGGGAGGUGACAAAGAUCCUGCUCUCGAAAGGCCCUAGCCAAGGGAAUCUGCCCAAGAGCAAGCUUCGUCGCCCGGAAACAGUGGUGUAUGUGAAAUGGGUGAUCGAUGAGAUCAAACGUGACAGGUCGCAGUUUUCCCAAUACCUGAAGGGCAAGGGAAUCAUCGCCACCAGGGAUAGAUUCUUGAAGUGGAUGGAAGGUAAGGAGGGUAAGGAAGCUGUGUCAGUGGUGAGUGAGGAAAAGGUGACGAUCGUGCAGGAGGGGGAGAAGUUUGGCAAGACAGUGAUAGUGCCAGUGGCAAUUCCGGGCGUCGGUAAAACGUCUGUUGCAGUCGCGCUGGCACAUCUGUUCGGUUUUGCACAUACACAGAGCGAUGAUGUACACGUGAAGAAAGCAGCGCCGGUCUUUGUCAAGAAUGUCGUCAAACUCCUCCAGACUCAUGAUGUGGUCAUCGCUGACAGAAACAAUCAUCUGAAACAGCACCGUCAGGCGCUGCGCGACGCCGUCCGCGACUUCAAUCCGCCCGUCCGGCUGAUGGCGCUCAAUUGGUCAUUCGACCAGCCACCAUCGACGAUCCACCGAAUUUGCGGGGACCGCGUGCUGGCGCGGGGUGCCAAUCACCAGACGCUCCGGGGUGAUGCGCUCACGAAGUCGCACGAGGACGUCAUCUGGCAGUUCCUGCGCCAGGCGGAGGAGCUGCAGGACAGCGAGGUCGAUGUUUCGGUCGAGAUGGACCUUGAGGAAACGCUGGAAGAGGCGAUCAAGCGGGCCGUCGACGCCUGCGUGCGCAUCCUCGGUGUGCCUAUGCCGGACCAAGAGAAGCUAGGCGAGGCGCUUGCGGUCGCACGCGGGUACGCGCCGAAGACGAAACGACCGGAAAGCGAGCAGGAGAAGAAAAAAAAGACGCCGCGGUACUACGGCAUUCUAGCGGAGGUGGAUCUGGAGGACGUGUUACGGAAGAAGUUGGCCGAACAAGGCAUACCCACGAAGGCACAGGAGUUUUGGGACCGUCUAGUCACCGACAAGCGUGUCGCACAGCGUCCACACGUCACGAUUGUGCACUCAAAUUCGCUGCCUGUUGAGACCCCAUUGUGGGAGCGGUGCGGUGAACUUGACGUGAUGGCCUCGCCGCCGCUCUUCAGCUUCCGGCUCGGACAUCUGGUGUGGAAUGACCGUGUUAUGGCUGCUACAGUCGUAGACAUGGCCGUGUGUCAGGACGAACAGGGUACGGACCAGAAGGGCCUGGAUUUCGUGCAACAUCUCCCUGCGGACCUCAAGAAGGUAUUGCACAUAACCGUGGGAACAGGGACUUCGUCGAUCCUUCCUGUAGAAGCGAGAGGCUUGGUGGAGAUGUGGAGGCAAGGGGAGCAUUCGGCGGAAAUUGGUGCCGUUGAAUUGAAGGAUGUAUGGGUGAACGGUCGAGUCAAGGGACUCAUGAGCUGA